AUGGCAGUAAACUCUGGAACAAACUCCGAGGACACCAGUCUGCAUCUGGGAUUGCAGAGGAUGAAGAAAUUGAAAGGAAAACGAGCUGCUGUGCGGAAAAUCUCUUUUAAGACACCAGUGUUCUGCGGGGCUUUGAAAGCAAAAGUUCUCUGUGUUCCCAGGAUCUCCGAUAAAAACCCGGGCCAGAGAGUCCAAAGUUUGUUAAACCCACAAAUACAACUUUCCGGGGUGGGAGGAACUUGUGCAAACCCCCCAGCGGUGCGGGGCGAGGGCACCCCCAGGAGGGGCGUCCACCCGGGGGGAGCCCGCCCCCGGGCCAAAGCGCUCCGGCAGCAUCCCCGCAUCGGCCCCGUUCCCAUCCCCACCGCUCCGGGGGGCUCCUCUCCCGCUCCGGGCAUCGCCUCGGUCCCGGGAGACCGGGCUGCUCGGCGAGACCUCCGCCAGCGGGGAGAUCUCGGGGUCCAUGGGAUCCUGCCCCGGUCCCGGGAGUGCCGGCAGUUCCGCGGGACCCCCGCCGCCUCCCCGGUCCCGGGACCACCGUCGGCUUCCCGGUCCCGGGAGUCCCAGCGCGACACCCCGGGCAGCUCCCCGGCGCCGAGCUCCCCACUCCGGGGAUCUGCCGCAGGCUCCCAGCGCCGGAAUCCCCGGCAGUUUCCCGAGACCGCUCCGCCUUUCCGAUCCCGGGACCCUCGGCAGCCUCCCGGAACCCUCGGCUCCUCUCCGGCUCACGGUGCCAGAACCGCCGGCGGCUCCCCGGUGCUCCCGCCGGUGCCCAGUGCGACCCCCCAGCCCCGCAUCCCCCGCUGCCGGUGCCCCAGCACCUGCCCGCCCCCGGAGCCGCCCGGCCCCGCCGCCCCUUACCUGCCCCAGGCUGAUGUAGCCGUAGGCGGCGGCGAGGCGGGCGGCCUCGGCGGGGCCCCCCCUCACCCGCACGGCCCAGUGGUUGGUGUAGACGGUGCGGGCGGGCUCGGCGGCGGCCCCGCGCCCGGGCAGCGCCAGCGGCAGCGCCAGGGCCAGCAGGCAGAGGCGCACCUCUCCGUGCACGGCUCUGUGUCCCUUCGCCGCGUAUCUCCGGACGACUCCCUGUGCCCCCCAGCAUUCCCCCUACGCGUCCCGGCGCUGGCUCCCGAACAGACCCUCUGCGUCCCCCCUGCAUGUGACCGGGCAAUCCCCUGUCCCCGCUGCAUCCUCCCCUGCGCGCCCCGGUGCUCCUCCGUGAACAACCACCUGCAUCCCCCCGCGUCCCUCUGCAUGCCCCAGCACUGCCCUCCGGGUUUCCCCCUGCGCCCCACUUCAUCGUCCUUUGUGCUCCCGGUUCCCCGGGGCACCUCCCCUCCCUCCCCCGCAGACAGCCCCCGUGCAUCCUCCCAGCUCUGCUCCUCAGGCAGCAAAUACACGGAGGGGCCAGAUGGAGACAUUGUCCCACCACGGUUUUGCCUGACCCCUGAUGACCCUAUCCGACCCCGGGGGAUCUCUCCUACCCCGAGCUCCAAGUCCCGCUCCGGCUAUCCUGUCAUCCUCGGUUAUUCUGCCCACCCCAGGCUCCACGUCCCACCCCGCAGCCGCCGUGUGACCGCACGGACCCCGCUGCUGCCCCUCCCCGGGCUCAGUCCCAGCCCGUCCCGGGGGCUCCCACCCCCGUCGGCGGCGGGGGGGCCGGGCCGGGCCGGGCGGGGGGGCCGGGCCAGGCGGCGGCGGGGCCGGGGCCGGCGGCGGGGGCAUCCCCGCCUCCUCUCUGGCAGCGCCGGAGCCGCCGGAAACCCGGCGGUGCUGCUGCUGCCGCCGCGGCUCCGGCUCCCCGAGAAGUUGUUGCCGAGGGAGAGCGGCGGGGCCCGGGCCGGCAGCCCCGGCCCGCCCGGCAUGCCCGUCCGCCCGGAGCCCAGCGGGGCAGCGGGGCGGCGGCCGAGCCCCUGA